UAAUGCCGAAUAUAGAAACGGGAAAGCUGCGCACGGGCACCACGUUCAAGCUUGUGCAGGUGCUCGAACAUUCCACCAGAUCUGCGUCUGCAUCUUAAGCCUUGCACAGCUUCGCCUACUCUAACAUAACUCCAUUCUUCAACACACUGCCUGACUCGAGAUUUCCUCUGUCCAGAAUAGAACACAAGACAAUCAACCCGCAUAACAAUUCGAACAUGGCGUCGAGCUCGAAAGAACGAAGCAGAGUCUACUUUGAUAUCGAGAUCGACGGAUCUCGGCUCGGAAGAGUUGCCUUUGAGCUCUACGAUGACAUCGUUCCUAAGACCGCCGAGAACUUCAGGGCGCUAUGUACGGGUGAGAAGGGUGAGGGCAAGUCCGGCAGGGCUCUGUCCUAUAAGGGAUCGUUCUUCCAUCGCGUCAUAAAGGGCUUUAUGAUCCAAGGAGGAGACUUUACAAAGGGUGACGGUACAGGUGGAGAAUCGAUCUACGGUGAAAAAUUCGAGGAUGAGAACUUCGAGCGCAAGCAUGAAAGGCCAUUCCUGCUCUCCAUGGCCAAUGCGGGCCCAGGCACCAACGGCUCUCAAUUCUUCGUCACCACUGUUCCCACCCCUCAUCUCGAUAACAAGCAUGUCGUGUUCGGAGAGGUCAUCAAUGGCAAGUCCAUCGUCCGCACGAUUGAGAACCUACCGUGCCCAUCUGGUGAUAAGCCAAGCAAGCAGGCUACGAUCGUGGAUUGUGGGGAGCUCAAAGGUGCGGACUACGAGGCGGCCACGGAGAAAAAAGCCGAUGCCACUGGCGAUCCGUAUGAGGACUUUCCGGAAGACCAGCAGAGCGGCGACUGGAAGGGCACCGACAUUGUCAACAUCGCAACAGAACUGAAGGACAUGGGAAAUAAGGCGUUCAAGGCUGGAGAUAUCAGUCUUGGUGUGGACAAAUAUCAGAAGGGCCUGCGAUAUCUUAAUGAGUACCCGACACCGCUCGAGAGCGAUCCCAAAGAGCUCGAGGGACAACUAUCUGCCUUACGCUUCUCGCUACACUCGAAUAGUGCGCUGUUGCAGCUCAAGCUGAAGCAGAAUGAUGCAGCUCUGGACUCUGCUACCAAAGCCUUAGGACAGAAGGGCGUGAGUGAGCAAGACAAGGGUAAAGCCCUGUACCGACGCGCACUUGCACGGGCUGCGAAGAAGGAUGAGGAAGAAGCUAUCAAGGAUCUCGAACAGGCGUUGAAGCACGUUCCAGGCGACUCAAACAUCACAAAUGAACUAGCGAGCCUGAAGAAGAAGGUCAAGGAGAGACGAGAGAAGGAGAAGAAGGCGUACAGCAAGGCUUUCAACUUUGACUAAAAGGAGCGCAGACCGCUCUCUCUAUGAUGUAACAACAGAAUAAAAUUUGGAUGAAUGUUACCAAAACCAUUCUCUGCGAGGAGCUUCAGCUCAUUCAUUUUCUGCUCAACUGACCC